AUGCCUGCCCAGAAGUCCGGAAAGAAGACUGCUCCCCUCCCUUACCCCCAGGGUAAGGCUGGCGCUAAGAAGGCUCCCAAGAACCCUCUCAUCGAGAAGCGCCCCCGCAACUUCGGCAUUGGCCAGGACAUCCAGCCCAAGCGCAACCUCGGCCGUUUCGUCAAGUGGCCCGAGUAUGUCCGUCUUCAGCGCCAGAAGAAGAUCUUGAACCUCCGUCUCAAGGUCCCUCCUUCCAUUGCUCAGUUCCAGAACACCCUGGACCGCAACACCGCUGCCCAGACCUUCAAGUUCCUCAACAAGUACCGUCCCGAGACCAAGGUCGAGAAGAAGGAGCGUCUCCACGCCGAGGCCACCGCCGUCGCUGAGGGCAAGAAGAAGGAGGAUGUCUCCAAGAAGCCCUACAACGUCAAGUACGGUCUUAACCACGUUGUCGGCCUCGUCGAGAACAAGAAGGCUUCCCUUGUCCUGAUUGCUCACGACGUUGACCCCAUUGAGCUGGUUGUCUUCCUGCCCGCUCUUUGCCGCAAGAUGGGUGUCCCUUACGCUAUUGUUAAGGGUAAGGCUCGUCUUGGAACUGUUGUUCACAAGAAGACCUCCGCUGUCCUCGCUCUCACCGAGGUCCGCUCCGAGGACAAGGCCGAGUUCGCCAAGCUCCUCUCCGCCGUCAAGGAGGGCUACUCCGACAAGUACGAGGAGUCCCGCCGUCACUGGGGUGGUGGUAUCAUGGGCGCCAAGGCUGUUGCCCGCCAGGAGAAGAAGCGCAAGGCCGUUGAGGGUGCUAUCCGUGUCUAA